AUGCCUGCAGCGCGGCCAAAGAAAGAGAACCAUUCCACCACGCCUCCUUCCGACGACGGCCAUCUCAAGGAUUCUCUCUCCGAAAACAGCAAGAGCAAGAGAAAGAGACAGUCCCAGAGCUGCGAUGCCUGCAGAGCGCGCAAGGUUCGCUGCGCUCGCGAGAAUCCGGAUGAUCCGAAGCAGUCCUGCAAGCACUGCAUAACGCUCGGAAUCCCAUGCACUUACGACUACCAGCCAAAAAAGCGCGGUCCACCCAACCUCUAUCUCCGACGACUCCAGGAAGCGGCGGCCGCAGCAGCGAGCAACCAGCAGUCACCACAACACCAGCACCAACCCGACAGCUCCCCGGAUAUGGAGAUCGCGGCGUCACCCAUAUCUACGCUGGCAAGUCCCCCUCAAUCCAUGGUGUCGCCGACUAUCGGGUCGAAGAGUCCUCCCUCGUUCCUCGAGUCUCCCAUCAACCCACUGUCCUCCAUUCCAUCCGUCCCGAUCCCGCCAUCCCGAUACCCCAUUGCAGCGGACACGUAUCACACCCACUACUCGCAGCAGAACAGCGUCCAGUCAGCGUCGUUCAACAGCCAAAGAAACCCGGAAUCUGCUCCUAACGGCCACGGUAUGAUACUUCCCCACAACCAACCGAAGGUUGAGGACCAACAGUACGCCUCGUCACCUACUGACGGAUUCAGUACCUAUCCACUGUAUAAUUGGUCAUACAAGCAACAUCAAAUGCUGCCGCCUCCCGUUCCCUCCACUGUCCCUCCACUGUCCUUCUAUUAUCGACCGCGACGUUUGGAGGAGAUCGCGCCGAGAGACACAAUCUCCUUGAUCAUAGCACUUUUCUUCGACUUCGUAUACCCUCUGACCCCCUGCGUCCACAAGCCUUCAUUUAUGGCUGAUUUACACUCACGUCGAGAGGAGCGAGACCCUCUCUUCUUUGCCUUGGUUAUGUCCACCGUUGCGUCGACACUCGUGCAAGUCCCUCGAUCAUACCUGCCGAUGGAAAGACCCGUUGUUCGAAAGCUCGCUCAGACCGCUCACGAAGCCAGCCGGCACAUAACGGUUGCAUCUUACGACCCACCGACGUCCAUGCAUGUUGUAAUACGCUAUUUCGACUGUAUUUAUCACUUCUGCGAGGGGCACGACGCAACGCAACAUGCUGCAUUUGGCGAAGCUGCUCACAUAGCAGUGACCCUUCGAAUGCACGAGGAAGCAUCGUACGAAGGUCUUGAUCCUAUUGAGUGCGAAGUAAGGAGACGCAUUUUCUGGCUUCUCUUUGGUGCCGACAAGUCUAUGUCAAUUCUUCUCGGUCGACCGAUAUGUCUGCGCGACGAAGAUUGCACAGUGCACUUCCCAAAGGAGUUGGACGAUGAAUAUAUUACCCCCAGUGCCUAUUUACCCCAACCUCACGGAAAAACUGCCAUCGUAUCGGGACUCAACUACACAUCAAGAAUCUUUGCCCUCCUCGGAGAGAUCCUUGUUCGCAUCCGAGUUGACAAGCGGUCACCUCCGCAAGGCCAGUUUGCGACUGCCCGUCUUGAAGAAGUCCAGUCGCUGCACAACAGGAUUCUGGCUGCUCUGAGCCAUGCGCCGGAGCCGCUGAGGUUGAAGCAGACCCCCAGUCAGCCGCAUGUGCCUCCGGAGUAUGGCGGGCCUGGUUUCCGACAGGCUACGUUCGCGGAAGUCAAGGACUUCUUCGAUAAUCCGAACGCUUCUCGAGCUAACGCUCUUAAUCCCUUCUUGGUCAUGCAAGCAAACCUCUUCGUCACACAACAACUUGUCCGAUUCGUCAUCGAGCAAUAUCGCGACGAGCUCCUUAUGGCCCUUCAAGGAAAUCUCGACGAGCAGCAAGUCGCCCAAGAUCGGGAAGCUGUCGCCAGCGAUCUCUUGAACAUCCUGCAUAGCAUCCCUAUACAAUCAAUUGCGACAAACGGCCCGAGUUUGGUCCACAAAGUCAGAUUUGUGGCGUCGACACUGCUAGACGCUGUCCGGAAAGCUGAGAUAGCGCCUGCUUCUGCCGCUCGUGCUCACGCCUAUCUCUGGGACUUCCUAAGUAUUUUGUCAGAAAUCGAGAGAAACUAUCUGCUGGAUGAUGACAGAGAUGGGACUUCGAGUGAUGGUAUGAUUGUUUGA